CUGUUCAUAUUUGUGAAACUAUAGAAAAAAUUCUUAAAUAUUGGGAUCUUAGUGAAAAAGUAUAUUCUAUAACUACUGAUAGUGGUUCGAACAUGAAAAAAACUGUCUUGAAUAUGGAUAAAGUUAUGUGGCAACGUUGUUGUUCACAUACAUUACAAUUAGUAAUAGGAAAAGCAUUAUUACCAGUAGAGUCUUUAAUUGCUCGUGCAAAACGUUUAAUUGAUUUUUUUUUACGUCCUAAACAAUCAGAACGGCUAGAAGAAAUUCAAAAAAAAAAUCCAAAUAUGAUACGUAUGGAACAUAAAGAUGGAAAGAGGUUAUGGGAAAUUAAUUUAACAAUUUCAGAAUGGGAAUUAUUAAAAGAACUUUUACAAGUUCUUGGACCUUUUGAAGAAGUAAGUAAAACUUCUAUUAAAUUGUAUUAUAUUCUUAUGCAUCGGGUUAUAAAAGAAAUAAAAAACAUUUUCAAACCAAAUCAAAUAAAUGAAGAUGAAUUAUACUAUGAUAAUAUCAAAUAUGAUGCAUUUGAUGAUCACGAAGAAGAAGAACCACAAACUCAACAACCACGAAUUAAAUUAAAUAUACCAGUAGAUACUACGGGUCUUUUAGAAAAAGUAAAACAUAAUUUUUAUAAAAUUUUAUGUUAUUACUAUCCUGAUCCUAUGCCACAAGAAUUACUGUCCGCAUUAUUAGAUCCACGUCUUAAAUCUCUUGAUUAUAUGAAUAAUAUAAACAGA